AUGGACUGCGAUCACCACCAUGGGACGACGGAUCCCGGGAGUGAAGCGCCGCCGGGGCGCGGUGGGGCGGCCUGCUGUGCUAUUGGCGGGCGCCGCAUACUCGUGUACGGCGGCGCCGACCGCUCGCCCGCCGCCUUUGACGACUGGUGGGUGCUGGAGCUGACAGAGUCUGGGGGGCAUUGGACCAAGGUGUCGCCCGUCGUCAAACUGACGCACAAGCGUAAGCUGCUGCCACGGAGCGGCGCCAGCCUGACCUUCAUCCCGGACGCAGACGGCGGUGGGGGCGGCAAGGCGUACUUGUAUGGUGGGCAGGAGCCUUUGGCUGGCAUCAUCUUUGACGAUGUGCUGUGCCUGGACACGGCCAGCUGGGAGCUGAGCGACGUGGCGCUGGAGCGGCCGCCCCGCCAGCCCAGGCAGCCGCACCAGGCGCAGCAGCCGCCGGGCCGCCACUCGCACGUGGCUGGCGCCUUUGAGGGGUCGGGCGUCGUCGUGUUUGGCGGCGCGGGGCUGCGCGGCCCGCUCAACGACGUCUGGCUGCUGGAUGUGUCGGCGCGGCGGUGGCGGUGCCUGUCGGCUGAGCUGGCGGAGGAGGAGUGCCCGGACGGGCGGGAGAUGGCGGCGGGGACCAUGAUCUCAGAGGCGGGCCUGCUGGUGCACGGCGGGCGGGGCGCCGACGGCGCGCUGCUGGACGACAUGUGCAUCUUUGACGGCAGGGCGGGGCGCUGGGUGCUGAUCCAGGCCACGGGGCACGCGCGCUGCGCCCACGCCGCCUGCAACGUGGCGCCGCCCAGCCUGCCGGCGGGCGGCGGCGGCGGCGCAGCGGCAGCGGCAGCAGCAGCAGCGGCAGCAGCAGCAGCAGCACGGGGUAGAGGCGGGGGGGCCAUGGGCAGCGGUGCGCCGCCGCCGGCCUCCAACGUGCUGCUCAGCUUUGGGUUCACGGGGGAGACGGUGGCGGGGGACCUGCUGCAGCUCAGCUUCCUGCGCCAGCAGCGCACCUCGGGCGCCUAUGGGCUGCGAGCGGAGCUGCGGCCGGUCAAGGCGGGUGCAGAAGGGGCGCCGCCGCCGCGAUUUGCGCAUGCCGCGGCGGUGCUGUCUGGGCCGGAGGCGGCGGAGCUGGUGGUGGUUGGGGGCGUGAACCAGACGCACGACCUGUCUGAUGUGCACGUGUGGAGGGUGGUGUAA